AUGGUGACAAGCUUUGCCUCUUUAGUUGUUGGAAACUGUUCUCCGUUUGACAACCGCUAUGUGACAUACUGUGUUGACAACAACAGAGCUUGCCCAGAGACCUUAGACUGCUUAGACAGUUGGCUUGCUUGGAGCUAUACUGAGCUCAUGAAUGGAAAGUGGGUGGAGCAUGGGCCUUGGUCAGAGGCCCUCCCAAGCCGAAGCAGCAAAGGUGGCAAGCUCAUUGCAGGUGGCUACCGGGGGAUCCUGUGCGUCAUGCGAGGGGACGAGAAAUUUGUGCAGAAAGCCUUCCACAUGCGAGUCUCUUGGGUGUCAGAGCAGGUUUGCUGGAUGUGUUGUGCAUCCAGAGUGCGGGAUUCACUGAACCUAUACACUUACUUUGGGCCAGGAGCAACACACCGACUGUCCCUCAUAAGUUUGAGCGAUUUCAUUUCCGAUAUCAGCAAGGGCUGUGCGUGGAUUCGGGUCCCUGGCUUCCAACCUGAAAUGCUUUUCUAUGACUUCUUGCAUGUUUUCGACCUGACAAUGGUCCCAGAUGCAGCAGCAACAGCAUUAGUUGAGCUGUCUGAGGAUGACUCUGUGUGGCCUGGUCAGUCAGUUGAUGACCGUUUGCGCUAUGCUCACGUGCAAUUCGUGAAGUUGUGUCGUGAACAGAAAAUCAGACUUUCAGAAUCGGUGAUUCUUGCCAGAUGGCUGAUGGGGAUAACAGUUGCGAUUGCUGUGAAGCGCCCGGAUGAUGAACAUGCGCAGCUGAGAGCAGCUGUCUUCAUCAAUGCUGUGGCUAUCCGUCAAGCAGUUUCCUUGUCGCAUGGUCCAAUCCUGCCUCCGCAUUGCAUCAGAAAAUUGCAAACUGCGAAUUAUUUGCUUCACAGUGCCAUCAACUGGCUUGCCCAGGGGGCAAUUGCAGCUGGUCACCUUCGGUGGAAGAUUCGGCCAAAGCUUCACAAGCUUGACCACAUCUGUUUAGACCAAGCGCCACUUUUAUCACCACUUUGGACAUCCACAUAUGGUGACGAAGACAUGGUAGGGAAGGUGAAGCAGUUUGCAAUGAUGGCAAAGCCACACUUACUGGGACGACAGGUCCUCCUGCGAUACGCAUCCUAUGUGUGUUGCCGAUGGCUCCGGCAGCUAGAAGGGCAAAAAGGUUGA